CGCCCAAGUGUUUCGUCACGUCCUCCAUGCGCAAGCACCAUGAACCCAGUGUGAGACCAUAACAUUCAGAAUCAAAGAUAAGUAAAAUAAACCCACUGUGUGGUAAGAAUUUCUAAGUGAACUUUCUCCGUACGUAUAAUUUAUCUCUUAUCCAAGUAUUAUUUAUUUCAUUUCAGUGCUCUUUGAUCCAGCAGUGCUGCCACUACCAUCAUGCCGGUCCAAUUAUUUAGUGAAGUUUGGACCAUUGGAUUUAUUAAUAUAUAGAUCUAUACAGUUUUCUUCAAUCGACAGUUCAUUAAGUAUUAACAAGUACCCUGUUUAUUACAAUAAUUCGUUAAUUUCCUGCGAGACUGUACAAAAAUACUAUAGAAUGCGUUGUUAAUUGUUCGUUUGAAACCAUUGGCAAUUGUGUACGACAAUAUUAUGUGAUAUGGUAGUGGAGGUGGAGUGCGUCUGGCAGUUGUAAUCGUGUGAGUGUUGCCAAAAUUUUAUUUGUAGAAGCAAGUGAAGAAAUGGAAAAUCUCGAAGAAGUGUUGCAGUCGUUAGAUGAAUUUGCAAAACUGAAGCCAAAAGAUAUACCCAGAGAAUUAGAAGAUUAUUUGUCGUAUGUAGCUAAGACAGGCGACCCAGUGUAUCAGUGGUCAAUAGUGAAAUGCCUGUUUAGAGAGAAACUUUUGAAUGUUAUUACAGAUUUCUAUGAAACCAGCCCAACAAUAGACUUGCCACCUUGUCCGAAUGUUGACCCUUUCAAUUAUGAAACUAUGAAGAACAGUUUGUUGGAACGUCUUGAUUCUUUCCCUAGUGCUCCAUUCACAGUGCAAAGACUGUGUGAAUUAUUAACUACCCCAAGGAAGGAGUACAGUAGGGCUGAUAAAUUUAUGAGGGCAAUUGAAAAAAAUAUUUUAGUCGUUAGUACAAGAGAGCCGGGGAAUAUAAGGCGUCCUGAUAAUGGUCAACAUGAAUUAUUGAUGAAUGGGGUUAUGGAUGGACGAGGCAUCGAAUUAGGUGAAGCCAUUGAAACAGUGAGCAGUGAAGGUGUAAAUCUAAUGCAUUCAGAUGAGAAUGAAGUUAAUGUUACUGAAAAUGAAAAUGUCCCCGUAGAAUGUGCGGGAAUGGAGGAAAUUGAUAUGGAAGAGCAAGGUGAUCACAUGGAAGCAUCAAAUUCCAAUGUCUGGGAAAAGGAACAGUCUGAGGUUUUAGUACACAGUGAAGAAGAUGGGACUUUGAAUUAUAAUGGUAAUAGUGGGGAAGGGGAGGACAGAUCCAAAGAAAGUUCAGAAUGUUUUGAAAUCAGCAGUACAGGGAGUGGGGAAAGUGGCCAUGAAUCUGCAGAAUUACCAGUUGCCUCAGCAAGUGAAGUGGACACUGUUUCUGAUGUUGUUCCCGGAGACUCACAUCCUGGAAUAGAUGCUUGUUUAUCAAGUAACAAGGAGAAUUUAAGUGAAACAGAUGAAAAUGGUGAUCUGAAAGAUGAUUGCCAUAGAUCUGAAUCAGACUUAACUGCUGAAAAUUCUGCAGUGAAAGAUGAGACUCCAGAACAAGCAAAUGAGGAAACUGGUGGAAGCCUUCCUGAAGAGACAGAGAUAACAAGUACACCUUUAGAGCAGGAGUCUAUAGACAGUUCUUCACCUGCUGAAGAUUUAUCUGAAAGUGGUUCUAAUAUUGAAACAGUACCAGCAUCAGUGGAUCCCAACAGUGAAACAGUGGCUGGUAAUGUAAUGGCAGAGACUGUGAUUUCUGAACCUGCUACUUUGGCAGCAGAAACUGCUUGUACAACCGAUUCUACAAGCACAGAGAUUCCUCUUGACGAGAUAUGUGCAAAGGGUGUAGACACAGAUGUGAAUUCAGCUACAAAGGCUGGCACUGCAGAACUGAACGACAGUAAUCCAGAACAGCAUAAUCCAAAUGAUGUAAUAUCCACAGAUUCAAACGAAACCAGCCAACUAGAAGAGAUUGCUGGUUCCAGUCCAUUGGCAGAAGCAGUUCCUUAUCAAGAAGUCACAGAGAAUGGGAGAACAGAACAGACUACAGAUGAGAAUGUGGUGGUGUGUCAGCAGGAUGAGGCAAUGGAGGUUGAUGACAGUAAUGUUAGUAGUCAGUUGGUCAGCGCAGAUAUUGAUGAGCCAAUGGAUCAGUCUGAACAACCAACAGAGAGCUAAUCUGAUCAUCCAAGUAACUCUGUAUGUAAUGCAAGAAGCUGUUAUGUAUCUGGGCCACAGACAAUGUGUUUAAAGACAUAACACAGCAGAAACUGCCACCUGUCAUCAACCAACAUCAUCGCAGAUGCAAUUGGUUCAUCAGUUUCAUUCUGAUUUGGCUUAAUUUUGCGUGUUAAACAAGAUGUGGUAUUAUUAUGCACUGAACAUUGUGGUACAGAUCAUUGUACUGUGUUUGAUUUGUAAGGCCAUUUGUCAGAUCCCAUAACUGCAGACUGUAAUUUAAAAAGUAGUUGGAGACAUUGCUCAUGACAUAGCUAUUUGUUUAUUAAUGUCAUCGAGUCAUGAAGGCAGUAAAAAUCUCUGUGAGAUUUCAAGCAGUGACUUUGAAUGCUAUUGCUUUCUGGGAUGUGAUGUGAUGUAGUCUGGUAGAUAUCCAUCAACAUUUAGCAUCAGUGAUUUGGAAGACCCUGUUACCUAUAUCUUCAUGGUAGAAGACUAAGUGAAGCAUGGAAAAAUAGUAUGGACACAGGAAAGAGGAAGACUGGGACCAGGGCUCUAAGAACUGUUCUCCUUGACCGACUCAGGCACCACUCCUCUCUCCUUGUAUCUGUACUGUUUCUCCAUGCUUGGCAAACUCUUCUACCCUGCAUAUGGAGGCAUUUGUUCCUCUGAAAUGUUGAUAACUAUCAGCCAGAUUGCACAGGGCCACACUCCAGAAGAUGGUACUCUUCAGAAUCUCUUUGUGUUACGUAUUCUAUCGGGAUUGAUGAAGCCUGGGUUAAAGCUGGUGGUGUUUGUAUACAUUUUUGUGAUGUAUGGAUUCAAAAACUGAAACCUUCUGCUAUAUCUUGAAGAGUUCAGCAGUAUCAGAAGGUUUAUUUCUUGUCACCAUAGUAAUUUGAUUCCAUGAGAACUGACUAUUUAUUAUAGCAUACAAAUGGACAUUUUUAUACAUGUAUUAAUUUUGUGGCUGCGUGUCCAAAAUUUAAAAUUAUACAAGUAUGUUAAUAGUCUUAAUAGAGGACUUGUGGUUAUAUGAGUGGUCCUGAAAGGAUUAUGGCACUUUACUGCUAGGAAAAAUAUAAUUUUCCAACUUAA